UCACCCCAUGUAAACGAGUACCCCUACAUGUUUGGAGUAUAUGCACUCGGCAAUUUCAGCAUGACUGGCGACGAACGAAUUGUAGCCGAUGUGGUUCAGCAAUCAUUCAUAAGUUUUGCGAAAACUGGGAUUCCCACCAACAAUUAUUCAACAUGGGAUGAAGCUGGAGACAAUCUUCGCUACCUAAGUAUCUCGCCAUAUCCGCAGAUGAAGAGUGCUUUUGACCAGGGAGCAGCAAAUCUGUGGCAUAGCCUACGCUCCAGCGGAUUCGACCUCAUCCAAAUGUUACCAACGCAAAUCGAGAAUAGAUCUACCACCAGUGGAAGUGGCAUCUCACCUCUAUCAUUUCUAGCUUUCAUAAUGGUUUGCAUUUUACCAUUACUGCUGUAA